AUGAAUAUUUCGACAUCUACGUUCCAGACUUCUAGAAGGAGAUUGAAGAAGAUUGAAGAGGAAGAGAAUGCUGCAACAUUACAAUUGGGACAUGAAUUCCAAUUGAAACAAAUCAACCAUCAAGGAGAAGAGGAAGAACUGAUCGCAUUGAACUUGAGUGAGGCAAGAUUAAUUAUCAAAGAAGCCUUAGUGGAAAGAAGAAAGGCGUUUAAGAAAUCUCAGCGUAUACAACAAAAAAAGAGGAAACAGCGUCAGAAUGAAAGUAAUAAUAUACACAAUAACUCCACCAAGGGAUCAGGCGAUAGCGACAGUGACGAUGCAGGUGCCAUUAACCAUAUUAACCAAACUGACAGUUCACACAUGGUGGAUGAGGCACAAAGUGACGAGGAUGACGAUGAAGAAGAUGAAGAUUUCAUGCACACAGAGACCCGUGAAAAGGAACUAGAAUCAUUAGAUGUCCUGUUGGAACAAACUACAGGUGGGAACAAUAAGGAUUUAAAGAAUACUUUGGAAUAUUUGACCAAUUUCUCAAGAUUUAGAGAUCAAGAAACUGUUGGUGCAGUAAUUCAAUUGUUGAAAAGUACAGGAUUACACCCAUUUGAAGUGGCUCAAUUGGGAUCCCUGGCGUGUGAUACAGCAGAUGAAGCAAAGACUCUUGUUCCAAGUCUUAAUAACAAAAUAUCUGACGAUGAAUUGGAAAGAAUUCUAAAGGAACUGUCAAACUUGGAAACGUUGUAUUGA